GAGAGAGAGAGAGAGAGAUAUCGAGAGGGGCAGCCUGCCAGUGAAUGGUAACACAGGAUCAACCCUCAGCCUACGGUAACUGCACUUGGACACACAAACACACACACACACUCCUUACACAUACAUGCAAACAUGCUGGAAUGAACGGACUGAAUUCUUCUCAUCUAACUAAAAGCAUCAGCAGAAGAUAACCAGAUCAUGAUGGAUGAAGAAGUCCUGCUGCGAGAGAGACUACAGGCUAUUACAGACAAGAGAAGAAUUCGAGAGGAGAUAGAAAAGAAACGAAGAAACAUCGAAGAAGAGAAAUUAAAACUACAAUAUCUAAAAAAAAAAACUCUACGAGAACAGUGGCUGAUGGACGGAUUGAGCACCCAGGAAUCUGUGGAGGCCCAGGCUGAAGAAAACCAACAGCAGACUACUCUCCUGCAGAGCAAUAUCGACAGAAUAGAGCGGGAAAUUGCAGUUCUGGAGACAAAAGAGCUGGAGCUUUCUGCAAAAGAGGAGAUUCUUCUGAAACAACUGAAGGAGGUGGAGAGAACUCCAGAGGAAAUCAUCAAGGGAGCUACAGCUGAGGCUGAAGAGGUGGAUAGACUGGAAGAGAUUGCAGGUUGUUCACAUCCUGAGAAUCCAGAGCAUACAGAGCUGCAGUCCCUGUCUGAGCCUGUAACCAUGGAGACAAGUGAAAAGUCCGGCACAGCAAACAUAAUUGACUGUGAAAUGGAAGUCCUGGAGACUGAGUUACCGGAUAGCAAGGACACAGGAAACAAAGAUGAACAUGUCUGUUAUGAUGCUGACGUUUUAGAGUCCAUUAGUACAAAAGUUGUGGCUGAAAUUUUAGCAGGGUUACCUCCUACAGAGACCAAGGCUGAUGAUCUGGAAGAAGUUUGCAGUCCGAAAGAGGCGCUUGUCUUGGAGGACACUCGAGAAGAACUUUAUCGUAAUGAGUCAAUUACUUCUUCAAUGUCCGACACUCCGUCAAGUGCUGAGAGCGUGUAUGAGAAUGAAGCCAUGCAUAAGAGGCAGGAUUCACUAAGACAGGAACCAUUGGAGAACAUUGCACCCCAACCAGAUGUUGACGAUGGAGGUAUAGACUCAUUGGGUAUAGACUUACAAGAAGCCAUAUUAGAAAGUUUUGGAUGUGAGGAUCCAGAAGAAACCAUCCUUGCGCACUACAUCCGAGAGGAAGUUCUGUCAGAUGUCUCCACAGAGUCUUGCCGUGACCCAGAUGAAUUAGAAGAGUGUCUUCAGGUCGAAAUUGCUGCGCCGUCAUCAGACAGUGAAACGGAGACAGAGAAAUGGAGGAGCAUCUUUUCUUCCUCAAUAAAUAAGGAAGAUGAUGAUGACUACAUUGACAGCCUUGAGCUUAGUGCACAAGAGCUCUUUAUUCAAAAACCUGCACUAGAGAAUUCUGAGGACGUUUUAAAGGAAUCUGAAGAGCUGGAGGUUCCGGUGGGAGAAGUAGUGCUAGAACAACCAGAGAAUGAGACAGUUUUACAACCGCAAGAAAUCUCUUACGGUCCUUCCACACUGUUUCACGGCUUGUCCAAGAUUUCCGAAGACGAUGAGGAGCUUGGACGAGGCUCAGCAACCCACAAGAGCAAUUCAUUUGAUUCUGUCAAAUCCGAUUCCAGCAAAAAGGUGCCGAAAGAUUAUUGUGUGAUUCAGGAAAUGAAAAGCGAGAACGUCAGCACAGAACAUGUUGAUUUCAAAGUUGCUCGCCAACAGUGGCUGGAGAUCGAAGAGCAAACGAAAAAUUUGACGAACCAUCAAAGCACACCAACAACUCGAUCUGGCACCUGCCAAGGUAGUCACAGUUUCAUGUAUACGCCAGUCCGCAACAUCGAAAGGCCCAAGAAGGACCUUGAGAGCUUGUCGCUUGUAGAGGAUUACGCGAACACCCAGUUCAGCCCUUGCUCUGAGGAUUCAGGUCUGGAUGACUCUAGUUAUAGAUCACCGUUUGAUGAAUCAGAGACCCCAAUUGAGAAGGAGAUUCGCCUAACCAUUGAGCGUGAGGAGAAGAUGAGGCGUGAGAGGGGAAUGUCAAAAUCAUACUCCAGUGACUGUGUACAGAUGAGGGUGAGAACUGCCAACUUAAAUUCUGGAAAACUAUGCCAAGAAGUCGAAGAGAAAAGGAAGAUGUUUGAAGACCAGGAUGAUGACGAAAGGUUAUCCAAGUAUCUCAGCAACAAGAUGCCUUCUUUCAUCAUUACCUCCUCACCAACCAAGAAACAAGACUUGAGCGCCAACAAUGUUAUCAUUCUUGAGCCAGAACCUUUCCCUCCAAGUCCACGGCAUGGAAAGAUGGUGUCCUCCAAAUCUGCUGACUGGAGACCUGAAGACACCCCUAAUGUCAUAAUUUUGGAGACAUCAAACCUCAUCAUUCGAAGUGCAUCAGAGUUCAACUUGAAUUCUGUCUCUGAGGAAACCCAGGAGAAGAUGUUCCUCAACAACCCGUUUUUCAAGCUGCGGUCCAGGAGUACACUAUCUCUAGUUGAUGAGGAGAUUAAGAUGGUGAAGCAGCGAGAAGAGGAACUCAAGCGUCAAAGAGCCACUCUUUACUCUAAGGAUCACUUCCUGAUGUCUCCAAACCGUUUGGACAGCUCAUUGUUUACAGAUGAUGUGCCAAUUAAAUGUAAAUCAUCCCCUUCAUCUCCAAUGAAAACAUGCAGAAUGGAUAGUUCAGCUUUGUCAUAUGAUCUUCAAUUUCCUGAACCCUACACUGGAGGCCGACGUAAAAGUGCCAUGGCACUGCGCUGGGAAGCAGGGGAGUUUGCGAACAAUGAGUAAAAAUGGACACUGAUCAUUUUACAACUGUUUUACAUAAGAACAUUUUCAAUGCUUACACUCAUCUGUUAAUUGUGACAGCAUAUACACUUGCUACUGCUGCUUGUGUGACUGUGUUAUUGAUCCAGAAAAAAAAUCUGCAUAUGCCAAGAUGCCUAAAUGUUAUUUGAAUGUACCGUUUCAUGCAUAUACAGGAUUCCUCUUUGACGAGGUAUCUGGAGACUUAUAAACCAUAUUUUUAGUGUUUUGUCUACGAAGAAGAAUAUGUACCGUAUAUUCAUAUUGUAUUUUCUUGUAAUUAAAUAUUUGUAUAUCCCUAAACUAUAUGGAAAUAUGAAGCAGUAUUACAGGGUUUUAGGAUAAAAUUUAAGUGAAGAUUUAUACAAAAUCUUGGCAUUUUGCUAAAGUCACUGAAAACAGAUCAAUUUAGUAUCUUUUGACAAAGGAAUAUUCUUUUUUUUUUUUUUUUUAAUUGAUCUGAAUUUGAACUUAAUAAUACAGGACUACAUUUCAAUACUUAUUUCUUAAAAUCAUUAUGAAACGCUUAAAUCUAUUUAGUAAUUAUAUUCAUCUUAGAAAAUAAUCUAUUUAAAAAUGACCUGUUUGGUGUCCCUUUGUUGUCCACAGAUUAUGUGCAUAUUAAUGUCGAACUGCCAUGCUUAUAAAACAGUAUUGCUUGCUGAACUUUGAAUCCAUGUCAGUCUCAAGAAAAUACUUGCUUUGCAUAACGUUUGAAUAAUCAUGUUCAAAAUAUGAAUGAAAAAAAUAAAAUGUCAAAUAAA